AUGAUGGGUCACACUCAUUUGGACGCGGGUUGGGUUAAGACAUACGAUGGCUAUUAUCACGAUAGUGUUUUCGAUAUCAUGAGAACAGUGAUUGAAAGUCUGGUGAGUGAGCAGGGUAUUGCCAAUAAUAGACGGUUCACUUUUGUGGAGAUGACUUACUUCAGCCGAUACUGGAAUGGAUUGAAUGGUACACAACAGGAAGAGAUCCGGAAUUUGGUGACGACCGGGAAAUUGCAGUUCACGAGUGGGGGUUGGGUUAUGAACGACGAGGCGUCCCCUCAUUACUCUAUGAUUAUCGACCAAAUGAGUUCAGGUCACCGAUGGAUAAACCGUACGUUUGGUCCCCAAUACGUGCCGACCACUGGCUGGCAGAUCGACCCCUUCGGACACACCAAAGAGUACGCCUCUAUUCUCUCGCAAAUGGGAUUCAAUGCACUCUUUCACGGAAGAAUCGAUUACCAGGACAAAGCAAAACGAAUGAAAGAGAAAAGUAUGGAAUUUAUUUGGAAAACCGAUGAGAAUCUGGUGUUUGAUAACUACAUGUUCACCGGUAUUACUCCCAGUGGUUACUAUCCCGCGGAAGGUGUAUGUCUUAACUGUUAUUAUAUGAAUAACGCGCCGACACUUAUCAGGCAAGUGAAGACACAAUCGGCUGGUUAUCGACACAAUCACAUCAUGUCUACAAUGGGAGGGGAUUUCAACUACUGGGCCGCGGAAUUGAGUUUUAAAAAUUUGGAUCAAUUGAUUGAAUACGUGAAUAGCAAUCAAAGUGAAGUGUAUUUAUUGUAUUCAACGCCCGAUUGUUACGUGAAAUCCGUGUUUGAGUCAAACAUCAAUUGGACGGACACUAAGAGCGAUGACUUCAUGCCAUACGCCGACCGGAGGAAUGACUUCUGGAGCGGAUAUUUCACGAGUCGACCCGCUUUUAAAUAUCUCAUGAAUUACGCCAAUUCUGUGCUUCAGAUCAGCAAACAGUUGAUUGCAUUGACAGACAUCUACUCAGAGACACAGCAUUUGAUUAGACCUCUGGAGGAAGCCUUUGGUAUAUGUCUACAUCACGACGCCAUCAGCGGUACGAGUAAACAGUUUGUUAGCGAUGAUUACGUCCGUAUGCUGUCCAGAGGUCUGGCCUCUUCGGAUCAACUCAUUUCCAUCGCAUAUCAGAAGCAAUUCAAAAGCGAUUUAAUGCCCCAAUUCUGUCAUCAGUUGAAUGUAAGUGAAUGUCUUUAUCUGGAAGAGAGGAACAGCUCUUUUGUGGAAAUAGCUAUUUAUAAUCCAUUGGCUCACGAGGUGUUGGACUUCAUAAGAGUACCACUUAUUGACACAAACUUUGAGAUAAUUGAUGCCAAGGGGGAAGUGAUUGAAUCACAGAUUGAAGCGAUUCCGGCAUAUAUUCAAGUGCUUCCGGACCGCAAAUCUAAGUUUGAGUCCAAAUAUGAGCUAUUAUUUGAGGCAUUCCUACGACCACUCGCUUUCACUAAAUACUAUUUACGCAAAAUAUCGUCACAAAGAGAUCCACUUCCACAACAGGUUGUCGCUCAAGACGAUGACAAUGUCAGUGAUAUUAGCAUUUCAAACGACAUAUUGUCUGUUAUUAUUGAUGGCAAGAGUGGGAUCUUAAAAGGCAUUCAAUCCAAUAAUUUUACAGUAAAUAUCAGACAAAACUUCGGGUACUAUACAAGAGGUAACAGUAAGCCUUCGGGUGCUUAUGCUAUGCACACCAAUGGAUCUGAUCCCGUGGUAAUCGCAUUGAAUGCAACUGUUUCUGUAAUCCGGGGAAAUUUGUCUGAAGAAGUGGAUCAAGAGUUCACUCCAUGGCUCAAACAAAUCAUACGACUCUAUAGAGACAAUAAUGGAGUGGAGUUUGAAUGGACUGUCGGACCACUUCCUACUGAUAUAGACUAUGAGAUAAUCAGUCGCUUUGAUACCGGCUUUAGAAGCGAUGGUCUCUUCUAUACGGACUCUAAUGGAAGACAAACACUGGAAAGGAAACGACACUCUCGAGAGACCUGGACUUUAGACACAAAUGAAUUGGUUUCGAGUAAUUACUAUCCGAUCACAAGUUGGCUAUACAUUAGAGAUCUGUUGAGUGAUCUCCAGCUGACUCUUCUGCCCGACCGAACACAGGGCGGCACUAGUCUUAGGGAUGGAUCCGUUGAACUCAUGAUUCAUCGACGACUACAUCACGACGACGGCUACGGUAUGGAAGAGAAAUUAGAUGAGCCGGGAGUCGACGGCAAAGGACUUGUGGUUCGCGGCAAACAUAUCCUAUACAUCGAUCGCAUUGAGGAUAGUAUGCGAAACGUCAAGAUUAUCAGCAAAACUCUAUUCUGGCGGUCAUUACCACUGUUUAUAGAUAUGGGAGACCGAAGUCCGCAAGACUUUACCCAAGAGAACAAAAUAGCGGAAAGUCUUUUAAUCAAAACUAUUGAUCCAUCCAUUCAUUUGUUGACAUUAGAAGAGUUGGAGGAAAACCUUUUGUUCAUACGUUUAGAGCAUUUUCUGGAGAGAAACCAAACGUUUGACUCAACCGUAAGCGUAGUAUUGAGUGAACUCUUCACAGGGAUUGAAGUGUUGGAUGCAAUGGAGACGGGACUCACAGCCACCCAAUCCCUCGAUGACAUACAGCAACGCAAAUUCAAGUGGAACUGUAGGGACUGCGAUGGCAAGUAUGGCAACCCAUUAGAUGACCCAGAACAGUUUAGGGCAACUUUCACUCCAAACCAAAUCCGAUCGUUUGUUUUGAGAGUUAAGAGAAUUUCUUCUAACAGUAUAUGA